AUGCAUUUAAUAUUCUAAUAGGCAGAUUUCCAACAAGAUUAACAAUACUCUAGACAAGAAUUUUUAGAUUGUUUGAAUACUUUGGUACAAAAAAUAUCCUAAUGUUUUAUAGAUAAAUGGUUAGUUCCCUUUUGAAUUAAUUCAAUCCAUAGAUCAAGAUUAUUCAACUUAAAUCAAUUUAAUCACUAUUGAUGAGUUUGUUAAUAUCAUUCUUUAAGAAUAUAAUUCUUAACUUUAAAUCAAAUAAGAUGCAAUUAAUCAGAUCUAAACAUAUAAAAAUGAAUAUAAAUAAAUAUUAGAAGAAUUAAAAUUAGCAAAAAAGGAAGAAAAUUUAAAUGAAUACAAUAUUGACAUUGAUAGUACUUUAUUUAUUACAGUUUGUUCUGCAGAUUGUUUGAAAUAAUCUCAAUAUUAUGUCACUAUAACACUUUUCAAUGAAGAAAAAAAUACUCAACUAUCUUAGAUAACUAACCAUCCAAUAUGGUAAGAAGAAUUUAAAAUGUAAAACAUUCCAAAACUAUGUAGAAUAGUCAUGUAACAUCACCUUAUGGUUAAAUUAUUGUUGAAUUAUUGAAUUCAUCUUAAGCAUUAAUUGGAUAAUUGAAGUUACCACUUUAUUAAUUUAAAGAUUAAUAGAGUUCUAAUCAAGAUUAUCUAUUAGAAGAUGAGCAUGGAGUAUUAAUUAAUACUAAAUUAAAACUUAAUUUAACUAUAUGGUGGAUUCAUAGUAAAGUUGCUUUGUUAGAAGAUUAAAUUAUUUUUAUAGAUGAAUAUAAAAAAGAAAUUAAACAAUAAUAAGAAAUAAUAGAAAAAAGCAAUCAUUUUAUUGAUAGUUGUAUCUUAGCAUUCAAUGAAUCAAGAAUAAUAAAAUAAAAAUAACAUCCUUAAGAAGUUAAUUAAGAACCUAAUUCAUUUGAUAAUUUAGAAUGGACACUUAAAUUUUAGAAUAAAAUGUAUUAAAUUGCAAAAUCAUUUAAAAGUAUAAAUUUAAUAAAUAUAUUAUAGAUGAACUUUAAGACAGUCUUGAAGAAUGGUAAUAGAUUGUUUUAAUAAUUAAUGGAUUAGUUAUUAUUUUUACUCUUAUCUUAAUUUCUCUAUCUAGACCAUGUUUUUAAUAAUUAACAAUAUCCUUGUUAGUUGGAAUGUUAAUCAUGACUUAUGAUUCUGAUCAUAUUAAAACAUCAAAGAUAUUACCUUAAAUCUCCUUGAUUUUAUUAAUCUAAUGUAUUUUUGAUGUUUUUUGGUUGAUUGUUAAUUAUGUAUAAUUUAUAUAAUAGAUACUAGAGAGUUUGGUGGAACAGUACAUUGAUUUUUGA